CUCCCAGAGGACUCUGAGGGACUCCAUGUCUCUUCUCUCCCGGAGCAUCAUGAGCCCGCACGGCACAAACAGAGCUGUUCAGCGAUUGGAGUUCUGCAACUGCAAGAAGGGACUCGGUGUGAAGAUAAUCGGGGGGUACAGAGAUCUGACCGGAGAGGAGUUCGGUAUCUACGUGAAGAGAGUGAUCGCCGGGGGGCUCGCCGCUCAGGACGGUCGGUUAAAGUCAGGUGACCUGAUUCUGGAUGUCAAUAACAUCAGUCUGAUGGACGCGACCAAUGAGAGGGCGGUGGAGAACCUGAGGAUGGCGUCGCUGUCCAAUCACAUGACUCUGCUGAUCGCCAGAGACGAGGAGUCCAGGAGGGAGUUCACUGAGCUGAUGGGAAAAUACGGAUCCAAUAAUGUCUCGUCUUCAGGAUGCAUCUCUCCCACACAGACCACCACAGGGAGGCUGACGGACACGGCCUCUUCUUCUUCUUCCUCCCGGUCGGAGAGUCCUCAGCUGCUCAGUCCUAAAGAGGGGGUCAGCGCCCCGCCCCCCAGCGCGCACCCCCCCCUGCACGCCUUCAGUGACAGUGGGAUCCAGCUGAUCUGCGUUUCCAAGGGAACGGGCUUGGGGCUCGUCAUCAGGGGCGGAGCUAACAGAGUCGACGGACCAAUGGUGUUCAUCCAGGAAGUGGUUCCUGCAGGAGACGCCCACAAGGACGGCCGUCUGCAGGCCGGGGAUCAGCUGGUCUCCAUCAAUAAAGAGUCUCUGAUCGGGGUCACGUACGAGGAGGCGAGGAGCGUCCUGACCAGAACCAAACUCAGACCGGACCCCACGGUGGAGAUCGCCUUCAUCCACCGCUCCUCCUCUUCCUCUGGGCCCCACAGCCCCGUCUCCCAGCAGGGGGCGGGGGGAGGAUCCGUGCCCCAGCAGAGGGCCUCGAUGCUGGGGAACUCAGGAGCUUCAGGGGCCCCGGGGACCAGGAUCACCUCCAGCAGGAACCCAGUCUGUGAGACCCUGCCCCCCGUCAGCGUCAGGCAGGUGAGCGUUCCUGCAGUGAUAGCCGAGGUGACGCCAGAGAGCGACAGCAGCGCAGACACAAACACCGAGCCUCCUCACAGGAAACACCCGCUCAGAACAAACUGUCGCCUCAAACUGGACAAGCUGGAGCAGGCUCUGUGUGUGUUAGGCUUGCAGCUCUCUGGGUCUCAGCAGCAGACCCUCCUCUGCAGACUGAGAGCCGACGCUGCAGGAACCGUGGCCUUCGCAGAUUUUGAGAGUCAGGUGCGGGAUCUGUUCAGGUCUCAGCUGGACGACUCGAGCUUCUCGUCUGAAGAUCUGUCCGCUCUGUUGGAGUCGCCGAACACUCGGCUGUGUAGGUCGGACUCAGAGGAUCUGGAGGAGAUGGAGAGGCUGAGGAAGGAACACAUCGAGGCUCUGAGGGAAAUCAAGAGGCUGCAGGAGCAGAUGGGCGAGUCUCACAGAGUUCACCAUCAGACGGAGGAGGAGCUCAGUAAAGUCAAACAGGAAGUGAAGCUGGUCUCAGAGGAGAGUCGGGCUCUCUGGUCUCGGGUGCAGAUGGCGGAGGCGGCUCAGAAGCAGGCCAGAGGAAUGGAGAUGGACUACGAGGAGGUGAUCCACCUUCUGGAGGCCGAGAUCGCCGAGCUCAAGACUCUGAGGGCGGUAACAACCAAUAAGGACGAUGCGGAGGAUCUGAAGAAGAAAGUGGCCGUCCUCGAGUGUCAACUACGGAAGAGCGAAGCGACCAAAAAGGGCUUUGAGCUGUCGACGGGGAAACUGCUGAGCUUCGUGGAGAACAUUCACGAGUUCCUGCUGGAGAGUCAAGCACCAAUCAAGAGCUUCAGCUCCGGAGAUGUUAAAGUUGGUGUGUCCUCCCCAGGCCCCGCCCCCCGACACAGAAAGACCCCCUGGACGGCGCUGACUCUCGCUCAGGAGGCCAAAGACCUGGGCAGGACAGUGAGGUCCCUGCUGGAGGCGGACUUGCUGACCUUCUAGAGGAUUCUACAACGUCUGCAAGACAACAACAACAACAACAACAACAACCGUGAACCCAAACUGUCCCUGAACCUCCUCAGACCCUCACUUCAAAGUCAACUUUAUUGUCAAUCUUUCAGUUUGUGUGUACAGACGGAGAGAAAUACCGUUUAAGAUUCAAAAGAUUCAAAGGUUUUAUUGUCCUAUCAGCUGCAGUGUAGAAGAAGAGGGCGGAGCCACCGGGGAUAACAACCAAUAAGGUGACAGAGAAGUGGGGAAUUCGGGUCAAUUCCAACCAAAAAAAGUGACUGUCAUUGAUCCAUGACUCACUGUCAUUGAUCUAUGACUCACUGUCAUUGAUCCAUGACUCACUGUCAUUGAUCCAUGACUCACUGUCAUUGAUCCAUGCACUCCUUAUUGGCGAGCACAGCAGAGGGUUUCUUUAGCAUUGCAGAUCUCUCUGAAAGCAGAGCGUGAAACGAGCAGCUUUUCAUGCGUUUCUACAGGUCACUACUCUGUAAGGAAAUGGACUUUAUUAACAUUUAGAUUUUGACCAAUUGACGUUUGUUUGUACAGGAUAACAGACUAACUGGCCUUCUGUUCAUCUGGAGAUUUACGGACUAUUUGGGUUUUGGAAACACCUGCAGAACCACAUAUUUUGAAAAGACAUGCAGUUAAAGCUGUGCUGCAGAGCUUCCACGUCACACAGCGUUAGGUUUUCUUUAGCAUUUAGAGAUGGUGCCAAAUGAAAAAGUGAGUGAUGGACAGACUCCCAGAGCGUUGGUUCUUCAGACUUUACCCAUCCUCUGUCUCUUUAGCAUCAACCAAUACCUUCCUUUAACGAGCAAUAAAAGGGAAUAUCAAACUUCAUAUACAGUCGGCAUUACCUGUAGCUAAGAGUGAGUUAGAAAACACGACCUGUAGCUGCACGUCUCUCUGUUACUAGCUUUAUGUGUGAGAGGCUGGAUGCUGUAGAUUAGACAACGAAUCAUCGAGCAUCACAAGAGGAGGAACCCCAAAAGAAACUCUUACAUCCAAAUACGAGGGGUGAACAGAAACGAUAAAGGAGUCACAAUAUCCGUCCGGGAAUAUCGUAAAGCAGCGAUGAAUAAAGGACAGCCUGAUUGGACGCUGUAGAUGCUUUCAUCAUGUUUGCUGUGUGUCCUCUGUCUUUGUCUGAGUAAAUGUUCUGGAACAAACUGUCUGCACAUCAUGGGUUCUUCUUUGUUAAGAGAAAACGUUUCAGUCAUUCUUAUUUUGGUUCAGCCACAGCUUAAGAUUGAGAGAAGUCGAGGCAAACAGAAGCACCAGAUAUAGUCUAAAGAGCUUUGUCACAAGUUAGAUGUGAAAUAUCAUUCGUGCAAUGUUGUGAAAAAACAGCUCAGAGUUUCCAGCGUUUGGAUGUCAAUGCAUCCUCGAACAUAUCAAGCCUGUUUUUACUCAUGUGACACGACAACAUGGUGACUGAGAUGAAUGCACUUUUUGUUUUAACAUAUUAAUAUUAAAGUGGGAAU